AUGGCUAACGGGAAGAAGCCUGCGCGGGACGAAUUGAAGAACCUCCAGGAGGACCUGGGACCCUACUACCAGAUCCCGCUCAAACCGCGACGCAGCGGCACCCACUCGAGGGAGAACAGCUUCCAGGAGUCGCUGCGACAGUCCUCGGGCACCCCGGAGCCGAGACGAUCUGGCACGAAGCGGCAGGACCCGUCUAGCAGAGAUUCGACCCCGAGCCGCCCGACCAAGUCGAGGACCAAGAACCAUAGUCGGGACAUUACCUCGGACGCAUCCACGCCCAAGAGGUCGCCCAGGAGCGAACCGCCCGCGCAUAGCAUACCGAGGGCCGACUCCGCCAAGCCGGAGCGUCACAGUCGCGAGAUGUCGCAACGAAACCGCAGUGGGCGGGCGACCAACAGGAACAAUGGUAAUAACCAUGGUGAAGAGGUGCAGAUAUGGGAGCUCUGCAAGAGUCAGAUUGGAGAUAUUGUAUCUGGGAUAAAUGCGGAGAACGACAGUCUCGGAGAGCUUGUCAACCUGGAUAAGCAGGCGGGCACCAUGGAAACUGACAAGGUUCCGGGUGACCUGCUGCAACAGAUGGAGCAGCACUGCCGGACAGGGGUGAAGCACUCGGAGGCGAACAUGGCCAACAUCAAGAACACCAUCGAGCAGCUGAAAGUGCUCCGCGCCGUAGUGCAAGCCAAGGAGCAGUCCGAGGCUGCGACCGCAGGACCCGGCAAGAGACAGGCCAGGGACAACACGGCCUCGCUCUACGACUUUGACGGCGCCGGCGACUCACCGGUGCCGAGCCCCAUCGGAGGGUCCUCGCGCAAGUACGGUGACCGGGCCAGAGACCGAGACCGGGACCGGGACCGCGACAGCAUGCCGCCCAAGGCCGAUAGUGUCGAGCCUCAGGGGUCAGUUGGGAGCGGGGUCGGAUCGGGAUCCAACAGCAAGUUCAAGGUUGUCUUUUCCAAGGGCGAUGCGGUCGCCUUCAAACCCAAGGCGGUCAACGGCGACCAGACGUCGGACUGGAUCCUGGGCGAGGUGGCUCAGGUGAUGGGUGAAGGCAAGAGCCGGCGGUACAAGGUGCUCGAUAUCGAACCGGACGACCAGAGUAAGCAGAAGGAGUACCGGUCGAGCGCCAGCAGCAUGAUCCCGAUCACGCCCGAGAGCCAAGCAGGCUCGCUGAAGGACUGGGAGUCAGGCAAGGUGGUUCUUGCGCUGUACCCCAACACUACUACGUUUUACAAGGCCGAGGUGCACAGCAUGGACAACGGCGGCAAGGUGAACCUCAAGUUCGAGGGGGAGAAUGACUCGACGACGCUGCAGCAGGUUGAGCGGAGAUUUGUGAUUGAGUAUAGAGCUUGA